GACGACUCAAGGUCACCACUUGUACGUGUUGUCUGGCGUUUGCGUCACUCUCCUAAAACCAAGCGCUUAUAAAGAGGGACGCACAUAGGCUUUUAAAGGCACUUGAUUUUUUUUUCUCUUCUGAGACAGAAAAGCGUCAUUUACAGCCAAAAUGAGACUGUACCUUGCAGUUGCCGUGCUGAUGCUGGCUUUUGUGGCAUACACAGAGGCCCAAGACGAUACCAGCAUUCAGGACAGAUUUGACAAGUUUGGUCAGAAAUUGACUGAAAUUGGCCAGUCCCUCGCUGAAAAAACUAAGACUGCCUUCCAUGAUAUACACAACAGCGAAUUUGGAACCAGCACCAGGAACUGGUUCACAGAUGCCUUUCAGAAGAUAAAAGACAAAAUCGAGGAAAUGAGGCAGUAGAAAAGCGGACAGGAACCUGUCGCUAGCCAGCAACCAGUCGCUAGCCAGCAACCAGCCUAAGAUGCUCACUCUGCUCGUGGGUGGCCGAUAUUUCACAUAUCACGUUGCUCUACACAGACUAAAUAAUUAUGUUACCUGCAAAGAGUGUAAUCUUUUAUUUUUUUUGAAAAGUGCAAUAAAGAAAUUACAAAUGUUUUAA